AUGACCAACACUGAAACUGUCAAAGACGCAGUCUACAAGACCUGGUCUGAAGAAGGUGCACACUGGGAGAUAGGUAAAAUCCUUGCUGAGAGUGACAUCCCCUAUGAAGAGAAAGACUCUGCUACCUGGGAGCUCAUUAAAAUGCUUUGGGUAGAGUGCAUCGACUACAAAGACAGGAAAGCUAUGGUAGCCUCGAUGGCAAUUGCCAACAGCAGAGACCUAUUUAGGUCAAGGGUUAGCCGCACUGAGAAGCUGAAGCCACCACUGAACAAGAUAGGAUAUGACAACCCCUGCUUCCUGAUGGUCAUUUUGGAAGACACUGGUAUCUUGACUACCCCCCUUUCAACUUUUGCAAACACACCCCAACCCAGUAAUAUUCCUGGCCCUGGCUCACACCUCCCGAGAAGGAGAGAGGGUGGGCCUCAUACCACUGGGCCACCCCUCAAGGAUGCUACAUGA